AGCGAGAAUCACGCAGCACGCAUGGCCAACCGAUCACGAUGGUCCCUGUACAGGUAUACGACAGUCAGCCAUUCCAUCUAUCCAUCCAUCUAUCGUCAUGCACCAAAGCGACAUCUAAUCACCCACUCGUCCCCCUCCACCACGACGGACCCCACACGGCAACACUGGCGCAACACUGCCACCUUCUCCUCCUCUUCCCUCCGCCCGUCGGCCUCAACCAUGGGCAUCUCCUCGCCGCUGCCGAUGGCCGGCAUCAUCUCCCCCCGCCCCACGCCGUUCUUGCCCUCCCCUCUGAGCACCCUGCUGAGGUCCUUCUGCGCCUUGCCUGACCCCAGGUCAGGGGCAUAGCACGAUUCCUCUGGGCCGAGGUCGAGCGAGAAGCCGCCGGCCGGUGCGGGCAGCGCGCGUCUGAGGCUGUCGGCUAUGCGGUGGACCUGGCAGGGCAGACACAGGCCCUCCAGACGCAGCUUGUAGACCUCCUGGUUGUCUUCCUCGGCCGUGAGGGGGUUGGGUGUCUUGUCCCCGUCUGCAUCGUGGAUGUUGAUGGCCGCACCAUCCUCGUUCUUGAGUUUCUUGAGCGGCUGAGUCGGCGCCUCGCUGAGAGGGACGGGCGUCUUGGUCUGCUCGGCAGUGAGGGCAGCCACACGCAGAGGCUGCAGCUCACCUCCCACAAACGGCCGAUCGCACACAAUCCGCGACAGGUACUCCACGUUGCCCCCUGCCGCCUUGCCAUUGCUCGCCCCCAACCCCACCCCUUGCCCCAUCUCGCUGGCGUACUGCUGCCGGUCGCCCGCCGAGCCCCGUGAGCAGGCCCGCUCCAUGACGUGAUGGCGCCAGAAGCUGAGCAGCGAGCUGACGUUGUAUCGGCCAGUGAUGAAGAGCACCGACGGCGGCCGGCCUUUGCGUGCCUGGCGUUCGGCCUUUAUCUGGGAGGGGUCAGUGGCAGCACGGCUGAUGGACUGCGGGGUGCCCGGGAGAGCGAUCGGGGAGAUGGUCGUGUACUUAACGCCAUACUCGUCGAGCUUCUUCCUGCACACACACACACACACACACACACAGAGAGAGAGAGAGAGAGAGGUGCUGCCUCGCCGGUCACGCAGCUUGUGGUCGGCAUGACGGAUGUGUGUACCUGAGGGUGCUGUCGCUUUUGGUGAUGAUGGCCUCGAAAGGAUUCGCAUUGACGAUGAUGGAAAAGUCGUCAUAGGCAGAUACGAUACACGCCUGGACAGACAACCAAACAACGCGACCAAACGUCAAAUAAAUGCGAUGGCGACUGUGCCUUGUAAGUAUUCCGUCCCUCACCUGCUGGCAGGCACCUGUGAGCAGACUGCACGUCACGCUCCGAAACGCCAUCUCCCACUUAUGCACCACCUCCCGCCCCUUCCCGUCCCGCAUCUCGACAUCCUUCGGCGGCACAUACUCGCACCGAUACACCGCUCUAUGCAGGUCACUCAUGGUGCUGCUCUCGUACGCACGCCCAUUCAUCGCAUGACGGUCGCCGGCAUCUGCAUGCAUGGCGCUGCCAGGUGGCGGCAGAGGGGGAAGCGAUGCAAAGGCACUGAGGAGCGGCGAGCGGGCGGUGAUGGUGAUGUUUGAGCUGAGGCAUCGGUGGGAUUUGAGGCGUCUGAGCGCCUCUGCGGGAGUGUGGAGGUCGCACCGGCUGUCAGGGCUGCUCUCGUUGCCCUGGAGCACCUGCUGGUUCGACACUUUCCGGUUUAGCUGCAUCGCGGAUGACAGAAGUUGAUGUCACAGCUGCAGAGUAUCACCCAGGGAAGCAUCCAGCGUGACAUGGCAUCCUCUGUCCCACCAUUUUUC